AUGAUGUUUCAUUUAGUAUUGCAUACCCCUCAACAAUUUGGAUCCGAAGCCACUGGCACUGAGGAUGCCCAUUUUUGGGAGGCCAGCGAGUUGGAUCCGAGGUUUGGCGAGGGAGGAUUUGAUAUUCCAGCUCAAGCUCAAGAGCCUGCUCCACGUGUUGAGCUUGAUCUCACUAAUUCACCCGGACCCAUUGCAGCUCCGCUCCCCCAAUCUGGAACGGUCCUUGCCGCCAGCGACGAAUCGAAACCGUCGAAAGCCAAGUUAUCCUUUAAAGCUUAUAUACCAAUUCCCCUUACUGAUACUGAACGACGAAACGGUUUGGCUCAAACCUAUGUCGACUACGAGACUGAAGACCCCAUUGACAUCGUAGUCCAACUUCAUGGCGUGUCAUUGACUGAAAUCAAGAAUUCCCUUUUCGAUAUGUGCAACACCAACAAGAAUGGUACCGGACGAAUACUCAAGCAAGCUGAAAACGAUAAUCAGGUCAAUUUCAAAGCUUACAUCAUUCAAGGGGGCGUGUUUGGUAAAACUUUGACUCCAGCAAUCAAAACGGACUCAGUUUUUAUUGCCUUCAAGAAUAUGGCAAAAACGAAGAAAGGCAAAGAGAUGGGUUUUCGCAUCAUGAUGGAAAACCCAAAGAAAAUGGCUCGCAAUAACUCAAAGCAACUUCAAGUCGAUCAAGCAUUGGCCCAUGCUGAUCCGGACGCAAUUGAUCGUGCUCGACACGAUCAAUUGGAGAUGGCAGGAGUGUAUGGGAAUGAUUAA